GAUUAGGAGAGCGAGAAGAAGGAGCCCCAGGAAAAGACAACAGGCGCAAGAAAGACACAGCAAGGAAAAAGUCAUGCUGAAGGAUAAACAACUGAGCCGUCCGGCCGGAGCCUCGUUCCAUCUUCACCGCAACAAGCAAGCUAGCUAGCAGCUGACCGACAAAUGAACAGGACACGGGCGAGCGAUGUCCUGCAGGCUUGAUGAGCCGUCGGGACCCCCACUGAGAAGGGCCCAUGGAGCGCCUUGGGUCCCUCCCACUUCUGCUUCUAUUGUUUACGUCUGUCAGAUGUCAAUUCGAUGCCUGCGGGCGGACGACGGGGCGCGGCUGGGAAGCGUCCCCCUGCCAGCCGCCGCCCGCUAACAUGAAAGAAGCCAUGCAAAUUAGGGUUGAUCCACCAGGGGUCACCUGCGGGAACCCCCCGGAACGAUUCUGCACCCUGGAGAACCCGUACCUGUGCAGCGACGAGUGCGACGCGUCUAGCCCGGACCUGUCUCACCCGCCUCAGCUGAUGGGAGACCGAGAAAGGGGCGGCCUAGUCACUUACUGGCAAACGGUCACGUGGUCCCAGUACCCUGAGCCCCUGUUGGCCAACGUCACGCUGUCGUGGAACAAGAGCCUGGAGGCCGCGGAUGACCUGGUGGUCAGCUUCGAGUACGGGCGUCCCACCGCCAUGGUGCUGGACAAGUCUACGGACAAAGGGCUGACGUGGCAGCCGUACCAGUUCUACGCCGACGACUGCAUGGAGACCUUCGGCAUGCCGCCCAAGCGGGUGUCCGACUUAGCGCCCAGCAACGUGACCAGGGUCAUCUGCACCGAGCGCUACUCCAGAUGGGUGGGCGCCAAGGAGGAAAAGACAGUGGUGUUUGAGGUGGGAGCUCGCUUGCGCCUCUUCGCUGGCCCCAAACUCCUCAACUUGGACGCCUUGUACACACGACUGCAGAGCAGCAAAGCUUUGCGAGACUUCUUCACUUUCACCAACCUGCGCCUGAGGCUCCUGCGACCGGCUCUUGGAGGGACCUAUGUCCAAAGAGACAACUUGCUCAAGUACUUCUACGCCAUUUCCAACAUCGACGUACCCGCUAGGUGCAAAUGUAACCUGCACGCUUCCGCUUGCGUGUUGCGCGACGCCACGCUGACGUGUGACUGUGAACACAACACCGGCGGACAAGACUGCCAACGCUGUAGCGCCGGGUUUGAGUCCCGCCAAUGGAUGCCCGGGAGCUUCCUGCCGCUUCCGGGAGGGAUCGCCAAUGCAUGUGAAGCGGCAGAAACAACCACCACGGCUGAUGACUCUGAUAGAAGUGCUUCUUCAACAAGUGGAAUCACUGACACUUAUUCCACUUCCACUAGUAACUCUUCAACUUCUAGUUUGGCGACUCUGGCUUUAGAUGCUUCUACUGACUUUAGUAGUAAUUUGUUUAGUUCGACAACUACAGCCAUCACUUCUUUUGACACAACUUCUGUUACUGACCUUAGUAUUGCAUGGACUACAUCCACUUUUGUGACCAUGACUCUGAUGGAAACAACUGAUACUAUGCCAACUACUCCUACUUCUACUGUGGAGUCAUCUUCUAGUUCUGCUUGGACUGCAGGUGUUUCUGCUUUUGAUGUGAAUGGCUUUGCUGACACCUCAGCAAGUGACGACAAAAAUUUGAGGUCUUCUACUGUUCAAGACUCGGGGUUGACUCAGGAGUACUUAGCUUCAUCGGCAACCAUUCCUGAUGUUAGCACAUCAGCACUCAGUGGUCCCUGGAUGACCUCAAACAACACUGACUCUCAGGUGUCUAUUUCUGAACCAGUGACUCCACCCUCAGACCAGACAAACUUUGUGCCCUUGUGGACAUCGACCAGCAGCUUUUUACUCUCAGGCUCAAGUACCUGGCUAGCAGAAGUAAAUCAAUCUGACAGCACCGUCCUCAUAGGAGACACUCUACCUUCUUGGACUACUACAGUAUCAUCUGAUAAAUCAGCUACCGAUGACCUACUCCGCACUGGAGCUUCUGACGGACUUCUCGAUUUUUUUCCUGAAAUUGUACCUUCCAGCCCUGAUGCAAUUCUUCCUGACAGAUCAUCAAAUCCACCGUCCUCUGAUGUACCUCCUCUUGGAAGCCUUCCCGAGAUAGCGACCCCUGAUGUAACCUCUCUUGAUGUCCCUCCAGAAACAAAUUCUCCCAAUGUAAAUGCUACGCCAGCUGAAGUAUCUCCACCAGAUGGACAGCAAACCCGUCUUGAUCAAAUCACGCCACCUGAAAAAGACCCUUUGGUUGAAUCGCCAACUGAUGGAACACAGCCCAACACAUUGGCCACAAAUUCCCCGCCUGAGAAUCCGUCUCUUGAAGUAACCUUUUCUUUAGCAGAAGCUCUUCCUGAAGUACUUCUUCCUGAGGAAAGCCCCCCAGUUCCAGAUACUGCUGCUCCUCUGCAAGAAACUACACAAACUUCUCCAGAUUGGUUGGAGUCUGCUGAAGACCUGGCCCCAGUGGACUUCACCUUCCCAUUUACAGAAAAUCAAGAUUCAGAUCCAGAUACUGGAUCGGAUUCUGUUGAUGUGGAUUCUGCUGACCCCGAAAGAACACCCGCAAUACCAGACAAUCUGGAUUCUGGAUUGGAUUUUGGUGACCAAAAUCCCAACGGACUUGAAGCAUCUUUUGGAACGGGCGAUUCCGGUCCAGAUUCUGGAUUGGAUUCCAGGAUCCCUGUAACAUCACCUGGAAUAGGAGAUUCAAAUCUUUAUUCUGGAUUGGAGUUAACUGAUGAGGAUUCCUCUGGGCCUGCAUCACGUCCUGGAAAAGUAGGUUCCAAUCCAGAUUCUAAAUAUGACUCAAUAGAUCAGGAUUCCACCAGACCUGGGACACGUCCUGGCAAAGAAGGUUCCAAUCCAGAUUCUGGAUCUGAUUCAGUGGAUCCGGAUUCCACCGGACCUGCAACACCUCCUGGAAAAGAAGGUUCCAAACCAGAUUCUGGAUCUGAUUCAGUAGAUCCGGAUUCCACUGGGCCUGCAAUAAGUCCUGGAAAAGAAGGUUCCAAUCCCGAUUCUGAAUCUGAUUCAAUAGAUAAGGGUGCCACCAGACCGGCAACACGUUCAGGAAAAGAAGAUUCCAAUCCAGAUUCUGGAUCUGGUUCAGUAGAUCAGAAUACCUCCAGACCUGCAACACGUCCUGGAAAAGAAGGUUCCAAUCCAGAUCCUGGAUCUGACUCAGUAGAUCAGGAUUCCACCAAACCUGCAACACCUACUGGAAAAGAAGUUUCCAAUCCUGAUUCUAUAUCUUAUUCAGUAGAUCAGGAUUCCACCAGACUUGCAACACGCCCUGAAAAAGAAGGUUCCAAUCCAGAUUCUGGAUCUGACUCGGUUAAGGAUUCCGAAACAGGAGAUGCAAGUUCUCAGGCACCUGAAAAGGAAUCUUCAGAGUCCAGCCCAGGAAUCCCAGAGCAGGAGUCAAAACCUGCCACAGUCGAGGAGCUGAGAGAGGGUUCUUCUUUGGCUACCAAUCAAGAACAAGACUCUGACAAAUGGAGGAAAGAGCAGGAAUCCAAUCAACAAGCUAUGAAGACCAAAGCUGAAGGUUUGAAGAAAGACAAAGCAGAAGCCAGUGCAAAGAAAGAGUCUGAAGAAAAGAAAGAUAAAGGCUACGAGAAAAAAGCCACUCAGAAGAUUUUGAUUCCCGGCAGCGCGACGGGUAGCCAACUUUCUAAAAUUGCCUACGUCACCUUCCAGGAAUGCGAAUGUAACGGCCACUCCAACCGCUGCAGCUUCAUGGACUUCUUGAACGUGGUGACGUGUGUGAGCUGCAAGCACAACACCAGAGGUCACCGUUGCCAACACUGUCGCGUCGGAUACUACAGGAACCCAGACCUGCCGCUGGAUCACGAGGACAUUUGCGUGGAGUGCCAGUGUGACACGGCGGGCAGCCGCUCACGGCAUUGCGCCGCCUCGGGUGACUGCCAGUGUAGAGACGGCGCCACCGGGAGGCGCUGCGACCAAUGUCUGCCCGGAUACACGCGGAGAGUGGGCGAGGCCGGCUGCACAGUUAACGUGUGCGAUGAGGUCCGGACGUGUCAGAACGGCGGCACUUGCGUCGACUUCCUGCGCUGCGACUGCGCCGAGGGCUUUGCAGGCGCGUACUGCGAGCGGCGUGAGUGUCUGAAAAAGAGUGGUUGCCUUGACGCCGACACUGACGCGGCCUCGACGACGUCGCCCUCAUGGAUCACGAUGACACUCGGCCUGAUCGCUGUCGCAGCCACUUAUGUAUGACAACAAGUGGAGUUGCAAUAAAAUAUGACACAGGUCCACAAAGUGGUGCAUUUCUGGGUUACUUUCUGAUGAUUUUUUUGAUCACUUCCUGUUCAUUUUGGGCCGUUUACUCUAAAUUUUGGGGCAACCCCAGGUCACUUCCUCCUAACUUGGGGGAAAUUUACGAGUUACCCCUUCUAAAUUUUAGGGCACUCCUAGGUCACUUCCUGUUAAAAAAAUGUUUAAAAUAAAAUACAAUUUUUUAAAAUACUGAAAUUAAAUAAUAAAAUGAAAAAAAAUACAGUACAUUAAAAAGUUUUUUUGUUUGUUUUAAAACUAUAACCUUCUUUAUUUGACAGAAAACCUGCAUCUUUGCCGCAACUUAAAUGUCAGGGUGACAUCGAAAGAGCCUGCGUCAUGUGAAUUUUUGGAAUGUUUCAAAGCUGGAGCGAUGAGAAUUGGUCAAAGCGUGUGAAUGGGCUGUGUGGCAGCCCGAAAAAGUGGAGAAAAAAUUAGGAAUACUAUUAUAUGUGGGGCUUUUAGUACUGCAAUGAUUAAUCGAUUAACUCGAGUAUUCAAUUAGAAAAAAAUAUUCGAAUUACAUUUUGUUGCUUCGAGUAUUCGUUUAUUUGAAGUGGCGUUGAAAUGGUUUAGUUUUAUUGAUUAGGGUGGAUACACUGUCCUCUGGUCUGCCUCUUUUCGUAUGGCUGAAUCCAACUGCUCCGUUAAGCUAAGUUUUUGUUUGAGCUAAUGUUUUUUUUUAACACAUUCAUAAUUUAGUUUAUAGGUAUAUUGAACCAUUUUUUGUGGGAAUAUGUGUCUGAACCUUUUGUUAAGAGCAUUGUAAAAAAAAACACGCAUUUUAUAGCAUUUAAGCUAGCAGACUUUUUCUAUGUAAAUUAGCCAAUUGUUCUUUUGUUUUACAUAGAUCCUCAUUUUUAAUUAAAAAAAAAAAAUCCCGUUUGAGGCUUGGCUCAGUUAUUUUAAUUUGUCAUGUUCCUUAUCCGAUUAUUCGAUUAUUGGAACUAAGUAGUCCAUCGAUUAAUCGACUACUAAAAUAUUCGAUAGCUGCAGCCCUAGGGGCUUUGCAAGUCAUCCCCACAAUUAUAACAUAAAACAUAGUGCCAAAACACUGGUUUUGAGGUAGGCAGAGUCAUCCCACAAUAUCAUUUUUGUGUGUGUACAGUAUGAGUGAAAGGAUUGGGUGGUUUGGAUUGAAUGAGAUCAAAUAAUAAACGACAAAAGAAAUCUUCUAAAUAUAAACACAUAAACCAUGCUCAAAUCAUCUUAUGUAUUGUUAGGCUUCAUUUUUAAGUCAACAACAACAACAAAAAAAGAGUUGUGUGAUAGGGAAAGUAUUAUUAGAUGAAAAUGCUGUUUCAUAUUAGUAUGGAUAAACAGGGAAGCUAAAAUAUGUUCAAAACACAGUGCCCAAAAAUACAUUUCCAUAGCUGUGUUGAAAAAGGAUGGUUCCAAAAUAAAUAUUAGUACUUCACAAAAACAACAAAUGAUAUCAAUAUGAGACCCUAUCACAGUGUUUUUCAACCUUUUCUGAGACACGUUUUUACAUUGGAAAAAUCUCACGGCACACCACAAACCAAAAAUGUUUCAAAAUUACUUUCUGUACAGUAAUUUUUAAUGAUAAAAUAAUUUCUCAAUAUUUGUACUUACUCAGUGUGAAACUUGAGCCUGGUUAGAUGAACACAAAGCCGAUAUCCUGGCAGGAAUCUUCUUCAACACC